AAGAAGUAAAUGUCCGAGACGACGUCUCCACAUCGUCCAAAACGGCAGACGACAGUGACGAGGACGAGCUUCAGGCCGUGGCCAAGCACUUCGGCAAAGAGCUCGGCGAGCUCACGCUGGAGGCUCUGCUAAAGCUGGAGAAGAAGAAGCCGGAGGAGGAGGAGGAACACGAGGGGGUCGUGCCGAGGAGGAAAGGCCCGUCGCUGGAGUCCAUCCUGGGUACGAUGCCCACAGCCUCCACUCUAGGCCUCUCCGAGUCCAUCGGCAGCUGCAUCGGACACGAGAAGGAGAACGAUGGCGACGCUGACAGCGGGGAGCUGGACCUGAGUGGGAUAGAUGACAACGAGAUAGAGCUGGUACGUACCUGCUGCUUAAUGAGCCUCAUUCCAUCUGC